AUGUUGCCACAAACUGAUUAUCUGCAGAUUAGGACAAUGAAUCUAAGGCAUACAUGUGUUAGGACUACUGUGAGAAAAUGUGUGAAGUCUGAUUACUUAUGUGAGAGAUACUUGGAGACUUGGAGAUCAGAUCCUCACUGGAAACUGAAAAAGUUCAUGGAAAGGGUGAUGCUUGAAUUAGGUGUUAAGAUAACUUAUUCCACUGCUUGGUUGGCAAGGGCUAGAGCAAAAUUGGCUCUAUAUGGGUCAUCAGCAGAGCAGUAUGGCAGAGUGUGGGAAUAUGCCAAAGCAUUCUUGACACAUAACCCUGGCAGUAGUUGUUUGGUGUUGGUUGACAGCAAUUUUGGGCCUGAGAAGCCCCUGUUCUUGAGGAUGUACUGCUGUCUAGAACCUUUGAUGAAUGGGUUUAGGAAUGGUUGUAGGCCAAUUGUUGGAUUGGAUGGCUGUCACUUGAAGGGUGCAUAUCCAGGUCAGAUAUUGGUAGCUGUUGGGAAGGAUGAGAAUAAUAAUAUCUUCCCCAUUGCAUGGGCAACUGUGGAGAUAGAAAACACAGAGACAUGGUGUUGGUUUAUUGAUUUGUUUAUGAAGGAUUUUGAUGGUGGAAGCAAUGGUGUUGGCUUGACUUUUAUGUCUGACAGACAAAAGGGUUUGCUUGAAGCAAUCAAGACAGUGACUCCACAAGCCAACAACAGAUUCUGUGUUAGGCACAUAUGGGCAAACUUUAAGCUCAAUUUCACUCGAACUUUGUUUAAGGACUUGUUUUGGGAUGCAGCUAGAGCUACAACAUUUAUGGACUUUGAAAUUGCAAUGGAGUCCAUCAGAUUCCUUGAUGAGGAUGCUUGGAGCUACCUAGAUGACAUCCAACCAACACAUUGGUCUAGGUGGGCCUUCUUGACUGAUGUGAAGUCAAACAUGUUGUUGAACAACUUGUGUGAGACUUUUAAUGCUGUCAUCAAAGAUGCAAGGGACAAACCUAUUCUAACUCAGAUGGAAUGGAUGAGGAGGUACAUGAUGAAAAUGAACAACGACAAAUGGGAGGCUGCUAAGAAGAUGAAAGGAAGGAAACUGAUGCCAUACAUAGGCACAGUGUUUGAUGGCUUGGAGAAGUACAGCAGGGGGUGUAUUGUGAAACAGAGUAGGGAUGACCAAUAUGAGGUGGAAUUAGGCAGUGACCAAGUCACUAUUGAUUUGGCUAACAGGACAUGCUCUUGCUUCCACUGGGAUCUAACAGGUAUCCCAUGUGUGCAUGCAUACUCCUGCAUCAUGGACAAAAGAGCUAAUCCAGAUGACUAUGUGCAUGAGUAUUACAGCAUGAGAAGUACCUGA